AUGGCCCCGGGUGAGAGGCGCACUUCCCGCGGGACCAGACCCGGCUCAGCCAACUUCACCCCGGAGCAGCGAGCAGGGAAAACUCUACCGCCAAUCCUUCACUGCUCAGAGAAAGAUUCGGGCCGGGGCACCCUCUUCCCCUCCCCCAAGUCCCCGAUCGGCGGGCUGCCACGGACCAGAGAUCUCGCCAACCCCGCACAGAUCAUUACGUCUUUAAGAGCUCGCACCACGCGAAAUCUAGCAGAGCCACGCGGACCCCAGCGGACAGUCAACCUCUUCCCUCCGGGAGACCCAGCCGGGGUCACCCCAGCUCCCCGCAAACCCAGAUCACACAGCCCCAGGGCGCGCCCGGAGAGCGGACCUCAGGAAGCUUUAGGAGGCCGGAGCCCAGCGCGCGGCCGCUUUAAGAGAGCGGAGCGCGCGCCCCCGCCCCCGGCGAUCCAGAGCUGCGCGUCCCCGCGCGCUCCUGCUGGCGCGCCCCCGCCGCCGCGCGCCCCCAGCUCGCCCGCUCGCCCGCUUGCCGGCUUUAAAGUCUCUGCCAGGAUCCAUGCUCACAUGUUACUUCCUGUAUGGAGGUAUGGCCAGUUUCCAGCCCCGCGCUCCCGGUUCCUCCCCAGCCUGCGCCGGAGCCACAACUUUCAGGAGCAUGGACUGAAGGCGCCCUCGCCCCAGCGCCCCUCUGAGAUCCUUUGUGUUUUCCCUCCGCUCCUCCGGCUGUUGCUGUUCUGGGGGUACUCUGCGCUACGCCCCGCCGCUUCCCUGCCUUUCCCCGCCCGCAGACAUGCCUCCUUUCUUGCCCGGGCCCUGGAAGGAGCUGCCUGCCUGAAGCCCGGAGCCGCCGCGCCGCGCUCAGCCCCGCCGUCGUCCGCCGGCUCCCCAGCUGCGCUGCGCUGCCGACUCAAGUUGGGGAUCGCCGGCUGCUCGCUGCCGCGGUCCGCGGUUCCUGCCUGCCCCGGGCCCCGGGUACUGCCGCCGUCCGCCUGGUCCUCACCCUGCGCGAUCGGCUGGAUCGAGUGUGAGCCGAAAGCAGCCCUUCUCCGAGAGGAUCGUCCCCAGCGUGGCUUUGCAUUCGCGGUUACUUUUUGAGGUUUUCCCGGGGGCGCUCGGCGGCUUCCCGGA